AUGACAGAGGAGGAGAUGAAAAAUGUCGAAAACGACGAAAAAAUGGAGAAAACGGAGAAUUUGAGCGAGGAAGACGCUUUGAAAGAGGAAAUCCGUCGUUUCACCGGUUGCGUCGCGGAUCCGAGUCUUCGUGCCCAUGGAAUGGCUUACACCUCACUCUCGAAGAUGUGUGAGCGUGUCGGUGAGAUUCCGGCGGCUUUUGUGAAGGGAUUAGUGAAAAAGAGUGUUAGCAACUCGAUUCGACUCUAUGGACAGCCGAAAUCGUUUCAGCACGUUGCCCAUCUUCUCGAAAUUCUCUCAAAACGAGACUACGAAUCGACUCUGAAAUCGCUUCUCUCAACAAUUCAAUCGUCUCUCCCACUGAUUUCAAAUCUCACCGAAUCGAAGUCACUCGCUCAGAUUCCCACCACAAAAUGGCUCAUUUCUCUGCUGAAAUCCGCUGAAAAUCCCAAAAAUUUGGCUGAAAACUCGCUGGAAAUCGUCGGAGCACUCGGAACAUGCGCCUAUUGGAUGGCUGGGAGCGAUAAGGCGUGGCGAAUUUUUAUUCGAAAAUUCUCACGAAUUCAGACGAUUUUGGAGGCGAUUUUCAGCUCAAAAAUCGCAGAAUUCGCUAAAAAUCAACCUGAGAAGGCGUUAGCACUGAUUUCAGCAAUUGGAGAUGUGAAAAACGCUGAAAAUGCUCAAAAAAUCGAUUUUUUGGCUGAAAUUUUCACCGAAAUCGCCACAAAAUCGUUGCUAAUGUCGAAACUCCGCCCACCACAAUUCCUCGUGGAUCGCUCUUCGAAAUUUGUGAAAUUUAUCCGCGAGAAACCGGAUUUUUCUGAAAAUUUGCUGCCAAAUAUCAAAAAAGCGCUUCUUCGAUCUCCAGAAGUCUCGAUUUUCGGCGUCAAAGGGAUUCUGGAGAAUCUGGAAUUCCCGUUGGACACUUGUGCUCCAGAAGUGCUCAAAUCUACAGUAUCCGCACUCACCAACGCGGACGCUGAAAUUCGAGAGGCGGCGAUUGGGGUGGCGGUGGCGUUGACACGAAAAUCUGGAAUUCCAGUGAUUCAGAAGAUUCUGAUGACGUUAUUCGAUCAAUUUGGAGCCGCCAAGGUUCCAGAAGUGAGGAUUUCGUUGAUGGAGGGAAUUGGAAGGGUUGCGGGCGUUAUUGAGGUGCAGGAAAAAGACAAAUUGGCCGAUGAGGUGUUGGCGAAGACGGCGAAGGCUGAUAAGGAGUCCCAUGACGGUAUAAUCGAAGCGCAAUGGAAUGCUGCGGUGGAAUGGGCGGUCCGUCUCACGAAACCGACGACUGGAUUGACGAAUGCAUUCAAAGAGGCGUCGAAACUACAACCCGCAGUCAAAUAUAUCGCUUACAGAGCGUUGGCCGAUAUUGUUGAGAGAAGAGGAAUGUUCGCCUUUCCCGACGGAAUCGACGUGAAACCGUUGCUCGCCGAGCUGGAAACUGGACCAAAAGGAGAGUUGACAUCCAUCGGAUUGGCUCUUCUCAUUCUCCGUACCACCAAGAAAGGAUCCAUUGAGCAUACGAAGGCGUGGAGUCGAGCAUCACAUGCUGACGCUCUCUACAAGAAGCUCAAAAUCGGAUUUGAAGGCUUCUGGAUCCCGACGCUUGGAAUUCAGAAAUUUAUUGAGUUUGGUGUUGAGACUAUGAGAAUUAUUGGGAUUCUGGAUUCUGGAUGA